CUUCACGCCACCUUCCCCAGGAACUUGCCACAAUGUCUAGCGAUGACCUUCUCGAGCAUGCAAAAAGCGACCAGGAUUUUUACGCCCUCCUGGGCGAGGGAAUUCACCCUGCCAGUGCCGACGCGGACAUUCGACGCGCAUAUCGUCGAACUGCGCUCAAACACCACCCGGACAAGCACAAGGACGACCCCGAUGCCGUGAACAGGUUCCAUCUUCUUCAGAUAGCGUUCGAUGUGCUAUCUGAUCCCGCGGCGAAAGCCGCAUAUGACAAUGCGAGGCUAGCGCGCGAGCACAAGAGGCGACAGCGAGAAGUCUUUGAGGGAAAGCGCCGCACCAUGAUGGAGGACCUGGAGAGAAGGGAAAGCGGUGCGUUGAAGAGAAAGAGGGAAGAGAUGGAUGCUGAGGAGAAACUGGAGCGGGAGCUUAAAAGACUGCAGGAGGACGGAAGGAGGCGUCGCAUGGAGAGAGAAGAGGCACUGCGCAAGGAGAUGCAGAAGAACGCCGACAUAGAGGAAUCUCUCCCUGAAGCUGCAGCAGGUUCAGAGAGGACUGCUUCCACCGGGGGCUCCAAUGUACCUGAGCUCCAGCGCACGGUGAAGGUGCGCUGGCGACGCGAAGGCGCAGGCGAGACUCUGGACAAAGCGCAGGUAACGGAACUCUUCUCUCAGUUUGGGGCAGUCGAGAGCGCGCUCAUAAUGAAAGAUCGAAAGGUGCGUGUGGGCGACUCGAAGAAAAAGCAGCUCAUGGGAAAUGCCAUGGUCAUGUUCUCUUCCAUAGUAGGGGCACACGCUGCCGUCGCGGAUGCAAAGAAGAACUUGGGCCAUGAUUGGGCUGUUAUUGAGAGUGUCGAGUGGGCGGAGGGAAGGGAACCUGACAUUGGCUUGCCCGAAAGUCGUCCAAAGUCUUCGCAGUCUCCUACGGGUGAGCAAGAGAACGUCACGCGGCCAGCGACAGAGACGCCGCAAAGACCGCGGCAUGAGGCACGAAGGGCUUUCCCCGGCCUCGACUCUGCGCCCACUACUCCAUCCACGGGAAUGAAGCCUUCCACCAGCGGUGACGGCGACGGAGGUCUUCGUAAGGUGCCCUCUUUUGCCUCCUUCAAAUCUAGCAGCUUCAACACGCCUCUAAAUAGCCCGUUUUCCAAAAGCGUCAACAGCCCUAGUCUAGAGGAGAUCACCAUGAUCAGGCUCAAGAACGCAGAGAAGAAACGGCUGGAAGAGAAGAUCAGGAGGGAAGAGGCUGAGGCUGCUGCACGCGAAGCAUCUGAAGCUGAAUCGGCAACGUGAUGAAGAGCACACUCUGAUUAUGACAAAUUCAUUGAUACCCCGUUAUGUAGCUCUAUGUAAAUGAGAGCUGGUAUGCUGUGCUACGCAAGUUCGGUGCGUGCUUGCUGGCUCGUUUAUUGAGAAUUUCGGGCAGGUCUUAGCACUGAGAGUCACAGUUGUGGUCAGCACAGAUUUUUGGGUUGUCCAAUCCUUUUAUUCUUCACGCUUGCGCAAUCCACGAACUACUUCUUCGGCCAGUGAUCCACCCUUUACAUUCACGUCGAGCCUUCGCAAAUCGCCGUUUGCGCAAGUCUAAAAAUGAUCUUCCCUCGACCUGAAAACAAGUCGGAUUCUACACCA